CAACAACAUAGAAAAUACACCUAAACAAACUUGUGCCGGUAACUGUAAGAGAUUAUUUUGUCUGUGUACUUUGGAACAUAUAAAUAUAUUAAAAAUGUUGCGGAGCGUCUGCAAAUUGGUUCAGGCGCAAAAAGCGAAUUUUGCAACAGCUGCUUCAGCGGCACCGGCUCCCCAAACAAAACCGGAAAUUUUAUACACUGGUCUCUUCAUAAACAAUGAGUGGGUGAAGUCUUCUGAUGGGAAGACCUUCAAAACUGAAAACCCUGCCAAUGGCCAAGUUAUAGCUGAGGUCCAACAUGCCAACAAAGCAGAUGUGGACAAAGCUGUGAAGGCAGCUAGAGAUGCGUUCAAACUUGGAUCACCAUGGAGAACAAUGGACGCCUCCGAGAGGGGGGCCCUUAUCAACAAACUAGCAGAUUUGAUUGAAAGAGACAGAACCUAUUUAGCUAGCCUGGAGACGCUGGACAACGGCAAACCAUACAAGGACUCGUAUUUCGGUGAUCUGUAUGCUUCAAUAAAAAACCUACGGUACUACGCCGGGUGGGCCGACAAGAUCCACGGGAAUGUCCUGCCCGCCGACGGAAAAUACUUUGCUUACACUCGUCAUGAGCCAGUGGGUGUGUGCGGUCAGAUAAUACCAUGGAACUUCCCUAUAUUGAUGGCGGCUUGGAAGCUCGGGCCAGCUCUGGCGACGGGUUGUACUGUGGUCAUGAAGCCGGCCGAGCAGACGCCGCUCACAGCUCUGUACAUCGCUCAACUAGUCAAGGAAGCAGGUUUCCCACCCGGGGUCGUGAAUAUGUUGCCGGGCUACGGAGACACCGGGGCCGCCAUCGUGGACCACCCCGACGUAGAUAAAGUGGCCUUCACCGGUUCGACGGAGGUGGGCAAGCUAAUCCAGCGCGGCGCGGCGUCGACGAUAAAGCGCAUCACGCUGGAGCUGGGCGGCAAGUCGCCCAACAUCGUGCUGGCCGACACCGACCUGCCGCGCGCCGUGGAGGCCGCGCACAACGCGCUCUUCUACAACAUGGGGCAGUGCUGCUGCGCCGGCUCUCGCACCUUCGUGGAGGACAAGAUUUACGACCAGUUCGUAGAGUUGUCGGCCGAGCGCGCCAACCGCCGCGUGGUCGGGGACCCCUUCCGGCCGGACGUGGAGCAGGGACCCCAGAUCGACAACGAGCAGCGCGACAAGAUCCUGCAGCUGAUCAGCUCCGGGUCGCGGCAGGGCGCGCGGCUGGCGGCGGGCGGCGGCGCGGCCCCCGGGCCCGGCUACUUCGUGCAGCCCACCGUCUUCUGUGACGUCACCGACGACAUGGACAUCGCUAAGACAGAGAUCUUUGGGCCGGUGCAGCAAAUCCUGAAGUUCUCCCAGUUCGACGAGGUGGUGGAGCGCGCCAACAACUCGGAGUACGGACUGGCCGCCGCUGUCUUCACUAAAGAUCUAGACAAGGCCAACUACUUCGUACAGAGGCUGCGCGCCGGCACCAUUUGGGUUAACGACUACAACGUAUUCGGGAACCAAGUGCCCUUCGGCGGCUUCAAGCAGUCCGGGCUGGGCCGCGAGAACGGGCCCUACGGACUCCGCAACUACCUCGAGGUCAAGGCCGUCGUCGUCAAACUCGCCGACAAGAACACGUGAGCGCACAACGUUCAACUAGUUAUACAGUAGAUUGGGCGGAAUCGGGACGCCUUUCAAUACCAAUACAAAUUUUCAGCGGUUUUUUUUAGAAUAAUACAAAUGAAAUUGAGAUUUAAACGGUUCCGGAGGUUAAAAUAUUCAUAUACGAUGCAUUAUUAUAGAUAGUUCAUUGAAAAAUAUACACAAAAACAUAAAAAAA